AUGUCAAAACGAUUAUCUGCAAAGGAGGCUAUUGAACAAAUUAGUAAAUGUGUAACAAACGAAGGCUACGUCGACUCAGAAACUAGUGAAAUCUCUAGCAUUAUUGAGUCAAUUAAUUCUUAUGAAGAUAUGUCAACUCCUUUACAAGCCGACAGUAUUAGUUAUGAAGAAUAUGAGACCGAAUCAUCAAAAUCUAGUGACAAUGAGGAUGAAGAACAGUCAAAAAAACAGGAUCCGCAACCAGGAAAUAAACAAAAAGUUCCUGCAUCAUAUAUCAGCAAGGAUGGUAGUAUAAUAUGGGAUGCAAAUCCUUCUCUAACCUCUCGAGUGAGAGCCGCAAACAUUAGGCAUAACAAGGAUUAA